CGCCCUGAAGGGGGCGUAGUUUCCGUGAGGGAGGAGCUGUUUUGCCUCUCAAGGGCGGGAGAAUUUUGGAGCGAGCCUCCUGGGUGGGAGGGGCGAGGACUAGAGAGCGACCAAUCACCAAAGCAGCCUGUGGAAGCGCUGCAGAGCGACGAAUCGGAACUCAGCAACGCCUGCCGCUUCUGGCGCGCGUUAAUUUGAAUACAGGAGCGACUGCUGGGCUGAGGAGCGGUCCUGGCGCGCUGAGGCGCAGGUUUUCUCUGAGAGCAACCAGCUGGGAGAGGAAGGCCGAGGAGACGUGGAAAUUAGUGGAACGUGGGAAAUUCAAUUAAGAUGGCACCUUUUACUCCAAAGAAGAGGAAGCAGCGUUCAUUGGACAGUGACAGCCUGUUAUCAGACCUCCCAUCAAAGAAAUUAAUUUUGGACUUUGCUGAAAAUCUUCUUCUAUCGCCUAAUAAAAUACAUACUUGUGAAAACAGUGAGACAAAUGAAGAAAAUGUGCCUUGCUCUCAUCAAAACCAUUUCACUUCAAGUCCGCUUAAAACAACUAAAAAAAAUAGAGUGCCACCUGCAGAUCACAGUUCACCAUUUAAAUCUGCUGUGUCCACUGUAUCUUUUUACAAUAAGGAUAAGUGGUACCUCAAUCCACUGGAGAGAAAGUUGAUAAGAGAGAGUAGAUCUGUUUCUCUACAGCCUAAUGAAGAUAAAUUUGUUCCCGUUGUGGCAGAAAAAAUACAAGGAAAACUAGUGUGCACCAAGAAAAGGAACAAAAAACCACAGAAAAGUUUAACUACUAAGAAUCGACCAAGUUAUAAGCACAUCAAGCCUGUACCGAAAAAUUCUAAAACUUCCAAGAAAAAUCGAAUUCCCUAUAAGCCAGCUGUGGAGGAAGAGAAUGACUGUUACUCAACUGAAAGUAAUCUGAAUACUCCUCGGGUCUUAAGCCAAAAAAGAAAACCACAAACUACACUCCAGGGUGGAGCAGCAUUUUUUGUUAGUCGAAAAAAACUCUCUCUUAGAAGAGUGUCUCUGGAAAAUAAGCCAUCAGUGGGCCUCAACCAAAAGAAUAAAUCAGAAGUGACUGAAGACUGUGAUGCAGAGACUCUAUGUGAAAGAAAAACUUUUGUGAAAGAACAAGUGCCCAAGUACUUGUUACUAGAAAAGAAAUUGAAUAUUGAGCUGAGUGCAAGAAGUAAAAAUGAAGAGAAAUUAUUAAAGGAUGCAUCAGGUGCAGUAGUUUCUUCAAAGGAAUACACACUUGAUAAAAAUAAGCAUUUGCCUUCAGAUGAUACUCUUGGUGAGAACAAAAUUUCUUCUGAGUCCUUUGUCUAUCCUAUCUUCAGUGUGUCGUCAGCCAAUACAAAAAGAUCUCCAGCUGAAGAAGAGUCUUCUGUGGGACCUAACACAUGUAUUAACUUCUCGAAACAGACCAAUACACAGAAAGCUGUGAAUACCAGAGACACAAAUAAGGAAACAAAAGACCAGCUCAUCAUUGAUGCAGGUCAGAAGUAUUUUGGAGCUACUAUGUGUAAGUCUUGUGGCAUGAUCUACACUGCUUCUAAUCCUGAAGACGAAAUGCAACAUAUCCAGUAUCAUCACAGAUUUCUGGAGGGAAUCAAAUAUACAGGCUGGAAAAGAGAACGAGUGGUGGCAGAGUUUUGGGAUGGAAAGAUCCUGUUGGUCCUGCCACGUGAUCCAAGUUACGCUAUCAGAAAGAUAACAGAUGUCCAAGAACUUGUUGAUUAUGAACUGGGCUUCCAGCAAGUUGUUCCCAAAUGUCCAGAAAAAGCCAAAACUUUUCUCUUUGUUUCUGAUGAUAAGAGAGUAGUUGGGUGUUUAAUUGCAGAGCCAAUCAAACAGGCCUUCCGUGUCCUGUCUGAGCCGACUGGCCCAGAAUCGUCAGGCUCUAAAGAAUGUUCCAGAGCCUGGCAAUGUUCAAAUGUACCAGAACCUGCAGUCUGUGGGAUAAGUAGAAUCUGGGUUUUCAAACUGAAGAGAAGAAAGCGCAUUGCAAGACGACUGGUUGAUACUCUCAGGAAUUGUUUCAUGUUUGGCUGUUUCCUCAGCACAAAUGAGAUCGCAUUUUCUGACCCAACACCAGAUGGCAAGUUAUUUGCAACCAAGUACUGCAACACUCCUAAUUUCCUUGUAUAUAAUUUUAAUAGUUAAAGCCAAUUUCAACUAUAAAACAGUUACUGUGUGGAUAAGUUCAGAUAACUCCUUAUACAAUAUAAACAAAUUAAUACCGAGAUACACCCCUCCCCGUAGUUCUGUUCCUUAUGGUUUGGAGAGUCAGGGAUAAGUUUGUUGUAAGGAAAAAUCUUUGGAUAAUAUACGGAUUAGCACUCUAAGUCUGUAAUUAUGGAACAUUAUACUUGUAAUUGGAAAAUUUCUGGCUUCCUAUAUAAGAAUAUUGACAAAACAAACUGGUUUCUGCAGAAAUGUCACCACUUAUCUUUUCUACAGGAGCGUCUUUUUAGACCAGGAUUAGGAUUCUCUUGCUUCAUCAGAAGCAGAGAAGCAAAUCUAAACCCUGGCAAAUAAUUUCUAUGCCCAGUUUUAAAAGAUAAUUUGUGAAUUCUCUAUAGAGUUCUCACUUUACAUGAGUUAUUUAUAGUAGUUUUCAGUUCGAUAUAUUUAGAGACUAUUUUGAAUUUCUAAUUAGUAAUAAGAAAAGAUAAGGAAUGAGUAACAUAUGCCAUAUCCAUUUAUGUAAAACAAAUGUAUAGUUUAGCAUUUUAAUUUUUUUGAAAAACCAGAUACACACCAUCAGAUUUAAUUGAAAUUAUACUUGCUGCACUAUUGUCAUAUCAUUAAUUUUUAUUACAUAAAAAUAUGGGUAAUGCUGCUUAUAUUUAGGUAAUUUGUUACUAGUAAUUGAGGUCAUUAACAAAAUGAAUGGCUACUUGGAUUGAAUGACUCAUUUGUUUUCAUGUUUGCAUUUUUUUUUUUUUUCCUGCUUGUUUAAAAUAUACCUUGUUUUGAGCUGUCUGGCAAAAGUCUUUGCAAAAUGUAUGGUAACAGACCAAGGUUAGUAAAUAUGUCUAAGCUGAUGAACCAGAGAGGAUUAUGAUGGCCUAUAAACACUGUAUACCUAAAUGUACACAUUGUUGUGCAUAACUUUUGAAUGUUUUGAAAGCAAAAAAGUAAUUCAGAUUGUUUUGAGGUUUGUUUUUUUUUUUAAAGUCAUUUAAAACUGUUCUCUGGCAAUAAGACUUUAAGGAAGUAGUUUUCCAAGUUGUCUUGCUCUGUGGCUGAUUUGUUCAGAUGUAGUCUAUAUUUGCCUAUAAGCUGAAGUGGUUCUAAAAUUUAAAAGCUGGUGUUCUAAAAGGAAUGUAGGAAUGUUAAAAUGACUGCAGUUAUGCAAAUAUUUUAAUGCUAUUUUCUGCACUGCUGUUUUUAAAAUUCUUUUAUUUAAAAAUGUUUAUUAACAUUAUAUUGUUUGGUCAAUGCUUUUAUGAUGAAUCAUUAAAAUUCUUAACAUUU